AACGCUCGGUUCAUACACCAAAGGAUUAUUUAAUAAUAAUAACGAAAAAUGUUUAAUUACAUGUUACUAAGUCGCGCAUGUAUCGACUUGCUCUCAACAUGCCUGUGUAUAUUUAUCAAUGAUAUUAAAAAUGCAUAAACAAUCGACACGAACGAAAACAAUAAUUUUAAGUUUAAACUCGCGAUGGAUUCCCCGUGAUUAAUAGUCCCAGGCAAAAUUAAUAAAUCUGCGGAACUUGACAAAUAUUGCAACACAGGUGAAGGUGCGAAGGAGGAGGGUGAUUACGUUUGUUCGGAGAUUGGAAGAAAAGGUGCGAAAGGAGCCGGGUGCAAGGGAUAAAAGAAAGUGCAACGAAAUAUAAGGAAAAAGGGGGAAAAAGGAAGCCGGAAAGGAAGCAGCGUGAUCGAUAACACGCGUUGUGGUUCGGCAGAGAUAUGUAAUAUGAAAGUAACGCCGUGGGCCAUCGUGGUGUCGUUCGGGGUGGAGAGAUGUGCGGCACGUCGGCACGGUCUCGUGCCGUUCGGGUUAUUUUCAUCGUUCUGAGCUCGUCAUGCAUCCUCAUCGCAUCAACGGCCCUCGGGGACCCGGACCCCCCCGAAUUCACUACUCUCGAAGACCUGUCAGAGCGAGGAACGAAAAAAUUCGGCGAUGGGUGUCGUGAGGAUCGCGAAUGCGGCUUUGCCGGUUCUUACUGCGAACCAAACAGGAAAAAGUGCUAUUGCAGAGAGGAGUUUCAGGCCACUAAUCACAUCGACAAAUGCGGACAUCCUGUGAACGUGAACGAGUCAUGUGUGUUCAACGAGCAGUGCGAGGUGAAAGUGCAGCAGACGGAAUGUCGGGACGGUCGUUGCAUCUGCAUCUUCGAGAAAAUUCCGGUGAUGCAACCGGGCGGUGUGUUGGAGUGUGUCGCCGAGGUGAAAGAACCGGAAAAUCUACAGUACGUCGACCCGGCUAUGAUCGGAGUUCUCGUGGGUAUGGCUCUAAUGUUCGUUAUCAUAUGCGUCGUUCUGAGGCUCUUUAGCAAAGCACGUUGGCGUGAAAACCGUACGAUCUUCAAUACGCCGAACGCUCGCCUGAUGAACGUAUCGCUACUGCGGGACAACAAGCUUCUGCAUGCCCAAGAGCGGAGAGGUUCGCGCGCUAGCGUAAGAGGACCAUCGAGGCAACCUUCCAUGGCCUCGCUACGCGCGCAUUCGCCCAACGCCUCGCAAGGUGCGAAAAAUACUCAGCGAGUGAGCCGUUUUCAUCCAGGAUCCCGUCGAGGAAGUCGUGGAAGUAGUGGUAACGCAUCAGCAGCAUCAACGAGGUCAAACAAAUCGCCGCCGAAUCACACGAACAACGCGUCCAAUAAUCAACAGCAAGAAAACGUAACCGUCGAAAUCCUCGAUGCGAAGGCGUAGAGUUCGUUCUAGAGUUCGUUCUCUCGAUCGAGCCCUUCAUCCGCAAUCGUAGGAUACCACAUUAAACACUAUGACGAAGGUGUUGACAAAGUAGAAGCAAAACAAAGAAAUACCGAAAAAUACAAAAGUCACGACUAUCGCGUUCAUAAACAAUUCUACAUAUGCAUAUAUACGAAAAAGCAUGAAAAUUUUGACGAUAAUAACAGCAAUGAAUAUGAUGAUUAUUGAUAAUCAAUAAUGGAUCGAUUAUCGUUUUCGUAAUGAUGAUUAUUAUUAUUGUCAUUUGAAAAUAAUAGAUAAUCAUGAUUGAUGUUGAAUUCCUUGUUGAUUCGAAAUGAAAAACGACGUUUAAUAUUGUAGCGACGAUAGUUAUUUCGAGCCACAAUUAUUCAUUGUCGAUCUUCAAAACUCAUAUAAUCAUUGUUACUAUUAUUACAAAAAAACAUAUACGAGGUCGUGUAUCGAUAACCGCUGAAAAAUUAAACGAAAAUAACGAAGGAAAAAUAAUUAUAUAAAAAGAGAUGAAAAUCUCGAUAAUAAAAAUAAUUACAUUAAUUAACAGUCUCACGAAGGAGAGUGACGACGUUUCGUGAAUAAUAUAAGAAAAUAACGGAACGUACUUUGUAACGCUCUACUGCGAUAUUCCUGUGCCUAUAGCACCCUCUUAUUAAUGUUUUCUUUUCUUUUUUUUUACCAAGAUCCAAUAUAAAAAAGUGUUUCGCAAUGGGGAAAAAUUACAGGAUGACGUUGAAGAUAGAAAAUUACGAAGCAAAUUCCAUCCGGUCCGAUAGUCUCGAAAAACGAUAUCGAAGAAGAAACAUUUUUGUGUGUAAAAGGAAAAGUAAAGAAAAAAAAAUAAAAGAAAAACAAGAAAAGGUAGGUCGAAGUAAAAGCAGAAACAGAGCUCAUUUUUUUCCUUAGCGCCCAUCACUCAUUAGCAAAUUCUAGAGGAACUCGGACCAAACAAGCUUUCAUUAGGGUCCAUUGAUAAAAAUUCAUGUAUAUAUACAUAUAUAUACACAUAGAAAUGUGAGUUUAUAUAUAUAUACAUAUACGUAUGAAUAGACGAAUAAAUAUAAAACAGUCGUAAUUAGUAUGGAAAAAAUCGUAAACUUUCCUCGAUGGGGUCUGUUCUCUCUUGCAAAAUCAAUUAUUUUUCGAUGCUCGAAAAUUCGAGUCAUCGUUGGGGAGCGAGUGAGCAAAUGAGAGAGAAGAGAGAGAGAAAGAAAAAAACAAUCGACAAUCCAUUAGAGUGCGGAACGCAAAAUUUUUUGUAAAGCAAAAGCAGCUCUCGUACUUUAUGGAAUCGGAUACUAUCUCUGUGCACUCUGAUAAAUCGAAUCGAAAUAAUUGAGGAAACAAAAGAAAAUUGAGAAGCAGAAGCGAAUGGUUUAUCGAGAGCAAGGUGUCCCGCGUGAACGAAUGGGACCAGAUGAGAAGGUUUUUCGUAUCGAGUGUUUUGGCAAAAAAAAAAAAAGAAAGAAAGAAAAAACAAUUAAUUCGGAGAGAAACCGAAGGUGAAUGGGAAAUUUCAAGUUCGACAUACUUUUGCCCCCCGCCCCUUAAGGGGAACACAAAAAAGCAGACUUGCUCGAGAAAAAAAUGGGGAAAAAGAGCAUCGGCGGAAAAAAGAUCGCCGAGCGGAAGCUGGGGGCAUCGAUUCCGAGCGCAAGUCAAAAUUACAUUGAAAAUAAUGAAAUUCGGUAAAACAUAAGAAAAAUAAGUGUGACGUAAAACAAGUGAAAAUCAGAAGCGAGAGCGUCGAACGAAUCGUAAUGAUUUAUGAAAAAUUUCGAGCCACUUUCGCGAGUAAGAAGAAUAAAGGAAGGACGAAAAAAUCGACAGAGCGGAAGUUCGCCUUAAAUAAUCAUUCGAUAAAAAGGUAGAUAUAUAUAAAUAAAUAAAAUAAUUAGAGCGAGUGACCAAACGCCCAAAUGCGAUGUAGUGCUCGCUGAUCAACAAUAAUAACAAUAACAAUAGUGAUGAUAAAUAAAAAGGAGAGCAAACUUUGCAAAACGAUGAUAAACUUCGCACCAAACUAGCUCAGCUAAUCACGCGUGAUAAAUAGAAUCCGUAAGAAUGAAAAAAAUAGCCUCUGAUUAACGAUAGAAACGAGUCUUUUUUCAUCUCGACGAAAAUUAAUCAAAAAGAUUUUAAAAUUAUCGUCUAGCGUUGUUAUAAUCGUGAUUUUCAUUCGAAAAUAAAAUCUAACCAGAGAUAAUCUUCGAUACUAAUAUAAAUGAAUAAUAAUAAAAAAAUUUAAAAAAAACAAACCCAAAUAAUAAUAUUAAUUACAAUAAUAAAGCAGCAUUAAAAUAAUAAAUAGCACUCUAUGCCGAAGUAACUCUCGGCAAUUUUGUGCCUCUCUAUGAGAAGGGAAACAUGAAAAAAAUCUAAUUUAAACUUUAGAAUCUGAAAAACAUUAUUCAAUGAUCGUCGUUCUCUGCCCACCCUCGACGAAGCUUGGCCCUAUUUCACAUCUAAUCGAUACAAUGAGAAAAAAAAACAAAUGAAAAAAAGAAUAAAAAAAAAUUUAUCUAUCGAGUAGGUUUAGCGUACGAAUAACGCCUAGGCGGUUAUUGUGCUACUCUGUGAUUAUAAGCUACGUAAGCAAAAAAAAGAACGAAAAAAAAAACAAAAAAAAAAAAGAUUAACGAGAAUUACCCCAUAAGACGUGACGACACUGUAUUAUAGGUUAAAAAUCGAUGUAGGCGAAGUGAACAUAGGGAAGAAAAAACGCAUUAAUUAUUGGGAAGAAGGCCGCAAGGAAGUAGUAUUGAUAAUCUGAAGCAAAAGAGCACGAUAGCACAUCAUUUUCUGUCCAUUAAAUAAAUACGAGAAAUAAAAAAUGAAUGAGAAAAGGCUUUUGGUUGGAAGAUUGGGAUUGAUGGACCGAGUGUCGGAGAGGUUAAACCUUCGAUGGUGCGACUUGACUCGAUCUUGAAAGGAAAUUCGGGGAAGAUUUCCAUUUUGAGAUCGGGUUCGAUUUUCGCCACGUUGAGUUGACGGGGCUCGAAAAUUAUUAAAAUAACGAAUGGAGAAACAAAAGUGAGGGUAAAGAGAUCGAAAUACAGCGCUCAAUGAUGAACAUUAUAAAGAAUUUGACACAAUCGCGUCCGAAUGAAUAAUCUCAAUUACAGACCCGAAUUUGGGUAUUAAAACAAUCGAGUAGGAUUUAACCGAAACGAGAAAUAAAUCGCUUCUGUAGCCUCCUCUAAACUCGCGCGACAGCAUUAUUACUCAACCGUGGUAUAAACGAAAGUGCAUAAAAACUCGAGCAUAAAAAUAUAUGUAUGUAUAUACCGAUAGAAUUCUUUGGGUUUACCUUUUUAGAGCACAAAGCGUCAGGCGCGAAUAUUCGCUCUGAUGUUGGAAAAGAAAAAAAAACGAAUAAAGUUGUCCUCACGCUCUGCCCGAAAAAGAGACACACACGGACAUGAAAACACUUCGUAUACACUCCUUUUCUAAAAAAACAUAAAUAACUCAAAAAAAAAUAAUUAACCAUUUUUCAAACGUUAUCUCCGAAUAUUUCUAUCUGCUACACUUGCUGAAUGUACCUUGCGUGAGCCAUUAAAUAAUAAUAAUAAUAACGAACUGAAAAUAUCGCUCGAAAUAUGACACGACGGAAAUGAAGGAAAACAAACUUAUAAGGACAAAGAGAGUGUGCGAUAUUGUUGAACCUUGCGCAAGCUGUUACUACGCGAGUCAUGUGUGGCGGGUCUUUUUUUUUUACCAUUAUUAGUAGCUAAAAAGCGCCAAUGAUGUCGCAACACGAUAAAUCGUCCAUGAGAUAUUUCCUCGUGUUGAACUGUCGUUUUUCCUUAAUAAUUAUUAAUAUACGUCCUAACGAUUAUAAAUGGAGACAAGAUGAAAAACAUAAGAUUUUCGUCCGAGUUUAACAAUCAGCAACAUUUGCCAACGAGGUUAAAAACGUGGAAAACACGAAUGAAAACAACGACGCGAAUCAAAGGUGCGAACUGAGUAGACGACGGGUAGUCCAGUCAAUGGGGAAGUGCUAGGCCUACCCGCGUGUACAAAGUAUAAUUAGUGCACCUUCGACGCUACUCGUGAAGGAAAAGAAAACAAACGAAGAAAUCAUCAACGAGGAACGUUGUGUUAACGAUUGCCGAUUGUUUUUUAAAUAAAUUGCGUGAAUAAUAUCGAUUGUCAAAGCAUACGCAGGUGAGACGUUGAUCACAAAUUCAGAUAAAUAAAAAAAGCAAAACGAAAAAACAAAUCUCGUGGAUACACAAUCAUAAAUUAUCAUAACACUAUUGUUAUAUAAUCAUACUACGUCAUGUGACGUAUUAUAAAUGAAAAAAUAAGAAAGAAAUAAAUUAACGCCUCCUUCAGCUUUAGAGCGAUAACCGCGGUUAGCAUGAUGAUUAUCUGUGCCAGAUAUAUACUGAUGAUGCAUCAUUAACGAUAAUGCAUUUUUGGGAAAGUAAAAAGGGUGAGAAUGAAAAAAAUGAAUUUAUCGGUCGCUAUCUUGCAUCAGAUUCUCGUUUGCACACGUGCAAACGCAGAAUAACGAUCUUCUCUCAUUUCGUGAGAAUCAAAAUAGUAGGCAGAAAAUUAGAUGAUUUUGAUUCGCGUCAGGAGAAAUAUUUAGUGAUCGGAUGAAAAAUUAAGGGGAUGAUUUGACAGAAAUAAAAAGAUGCUAUAUACUUCUGUCAGAUUCACCAAGUGACGGAAAUAAGGAAAAAAACGAAAAGUCUCUUGUUACGCAAAAGAAUAUAUUAUUCUCAAUCAGAACAACGUGUACCUAAUCAACAAAGAACCUCCAUCGCUUCGUUUUUGCAUUACCUUUGAAAUUUAGCUCGUAAUUUAUGAAUAAUAUAACAGAGUUUCGAUCAUCUUUAGAGAGAGAAUAUCUUUUAUCCAUACCGUUUCUUCAUUUUAUCUCAAAUUUUGCUUUGGGGCAGUCGUGAAAAAAAAUCAUUUACUCACCGAAAAACAUUGCCUUUGAGGUAAUAAAUAUAUAAGUGAAUACACAUGGAAUAUUUCACCUUUGUAUGUAUUUAUAGAUUGAAUUCACGUGUAACGGAAUGAGCAUUUAAUAUACUUACGGUUAUAAUGAGGAAAACGCAGCCAUCUUCUUGUUUUUUCUUUGCAUUCACGUAAUAUUUUAUAAGGGGUUGCGCGUGUGCAGUGAAUAUGACUAAAUACUUGAAUAAUUUUUGACUUAAUUCUCUAUGAUUAAAGUAUAACGUCUGUAAUAACUAUAAAAUAUAUCUAGUGCCGGCUUAGUCAACUUUAUAGCCUUUAUAUUCUAUACAUUUCAUAUUACGAUAACAUAUUUAGCUUACAAAUUAUAUAUGUUAUUGUACCAAAACUCUUACUACAUUGUACUUGGAAACUUAUUGAUCUUGAAUUCAUUUUAAUAAAAAUCAUAUAAUACCUCGA